AUGCGUGCCAAGUAUAGGGGUGGUGAAGACCUUACCCCGAACGGCGCUGGUCGAAAAUGUUCUUUGUACUAUAUAGACUGCGUACGUUAA